UCUGACAACCACAGUACAGUCCGUUGGUGUCUUUCGUCUUGCAGCACUUUGAAGUUCACAGCGGUGGAACGCCACGCUCUGCAUCGUAUCGCUUCGGCUCUAGGGAAUGAGUUGGGCGAGAUACGGAAGGCCUGCGGAUCGUAUGAAAUUAUGCAUCUUCCUGGGAUCCAGAAUAUCGCGGCCGACGACCUCAGCCGAGUACUGAGCACUGGGGUCAAGGAACAAGCAUCUCUACCACUGUUCCAACUGCUCAACCGUGCCACUGUCACUGUCGAUUAUCCGUCCGCCGACGAUAUCUUCGUCCUGGCGGAAAUUCUGGGAGCAGCUGAAGUCCACGACCUGUGUUUUGAUUACU